CAAUCUAGAGCAUUGCGCUGAGGAAAUACCUGUGCUCUAAACCUGCAGCUGCUGUUGAACUUGGACUUUAGAGCAACCCCGCCUUCCAGCCUGGGCCGUAGAGGAUGCUGGGACUUGUAGUUAUUCAAGCUGAUAGGACUGGCAGGUUCCAGCUGUCAUACAGAGCUCUGGGUGCCAGUCGGUGCCAAGCUGACUGCCUGCUGUCUGUACUGAGGAUGCGCAGUCGGAGGGCGGCUGCUGUUUAUGUGCAGCUGUGGGAGUGAGAGGGGAGGGAGAGAGAAUCGCCAUCUGCACUGAGACUGUAUAGAGACUGCCUGGCCUGCCGCACAGAGACAGACAGAGACUGCUACUACAGGACCUGCACUGCCUCAGAUUCCAGGAGACAGACAUAACAGGGAGAGACUGCAGCCCUAUGAGAGACUGCAGCCCAUUGCUGAUCUAUAGACAUGGAGACUGCUGCUUACAGGGACUGCACAGGUAGGGGAGGUUGCUAGGGAGACUGCUUGACAGAUAUUCUACCAUAACAACUUCUGCAUCAGAGAGAGACAGGCUAGAGACUGUCCCCAUGUAUGGAGGAGACUGCCCAGGUAAGGGGAGCUGGCACAGAGACAGCACAGAGACAGCAGGCUUGCUGGAAAAGUGAGGAUAGAGAGCUUGUUGCUUUAAGGAAGAGACUGCUCACAUAAGGGGGUACUAGCAGAGAGACACCUGUAAUAGACAGUUUACAAGAGAUAGAGGGGGAAACUGCUGAUGCAGAAGACACUGCAGGGAGUCUGCGGGGAGAUGGAUUAAUGCUACGCUCUAACAGCCAUAUUGAUAGUGUAGGUCUAGCUGAGAGAUUCCAGCACUGAGCAGAGACAGCAGACAGCAGGGACAGAAAGAGAAAUACUGACCGAGAGUGUUUAGGCGCCCCAAUACCUGGAGAGACUAACACCCAGAGAUGCCUAUCACAGUCACUCCUCCCACCGGGUGAGAAGGGUUAAGGGAUUCCCUACUUAUCCCCGAGAAGAUGUGAGCUGCCUGUUGGGAGCAUGAGUAGUGGAGAAGGGGGCAGUUCCAGGAGCAGAGGGGGCAGAAAUGGUGUGGGGCAGAGCAUGCCUAAGGAAAUUCCAGAAGAUAAAGUUCCUAGAGAUGCAGGUAAUGGAGCUAAAAGGAGCCACCUCAGAGCGAAUGGCAGGGGUCUCUGCUCUGGACCGAAGAUGUUUAAGCAGGAACUGCCUAAAAAAGAUGCAUCUGAUGCCCCAGGGCAGAGCAUAGUCACAGGGGUACCCAGCAGCACAGCUAACGGGGCAGGGCAAAGCCAGCUACGAUCUCUACCAAAUGAGAAAGGGACCUUCUCAGGAGAGAAGAACAUCAGUCAAUCACCACAAGACACCCCAAAUAUAAUAGAUCAGAAUGGCACCAAAGGCUUGCCCAAGGGUACAUCUAAUGGCAUGGCCCAGAGAAUCCUUGGGGAGGUGGCCACAUCCAAUGGGGCAGCCCAGAGAAUCCUUGGGGAGAUGCACACAUCCAAUGGGGUAGCCCAGAGAAUCCUUGGAGAGAUGCCCACAUCCAAUGGGGCAGCCCAGAGAAUCCAUGGAGAUAUGCCCACAUCCAAUGGGGCAGCCCAGAGAAUCCUUGGGGAGAUGCCCACAUCCAAUGGUGCAGCCAAGAGAAUCCUUGGGGAGAUGCCCACAUCCAAUGGGGCAGCCCAGAGAAUCCUUGGGGAGAUGGCCACAUCCAAUGGGGCAGCCCAGAGAAUCCUUGGGGAGAUGGCCACAUCCAAUGGGGCAGCCCAGGAACUCAUCAGAGAGAAGGGCAUGACUAAUGGGACAGUCCAAGAAGUCCUGAGAGAUAAGGGCAUAAGUAAGGUACCAGCCCAAGGAACCCUUGCUAAUACCACCAGGAGCCUAGUUAAUGGCACAUCUGGGGUUCGGCCUCACAGUGCCAGGAAACCAGGAGACGACCAUCUUGUCUUUCUGCCCAGCGGAACAAGCCUUGGACACUGGGUGCUCGCUCUUCCCGCCAUCUUGGCCACCCUUUGUUUCGUAAGGUCAGUCUUCGGAGAAUUUGUCCAUGACGAUGUUUGGGCCAUUCUCAACAACCCGGAUAGCCGGGCGGAGACACCACUGAGUUCCAUCUUCGGAAAUGACUUUUGGGGCAAAGCCAUGAAUGACAACACCAGCCACAAGUCCUACCGCCCCCUGUGUGUGCUGAGCUUCAGAAUCAAUGUCUUUCUCGGAGGCCUGAAUGCAAUUUAUUUCCACGCCAUCAAUAUCGUCUUGCACGCGGCCGUCAGCUCGCUGCUCAUGUUCACCUGUAGCACGGCUGUGUUUGAAGAUAAGAGACUGGCGUUGGCCGCCGCUUUGCUCUUCUCAGCUCAUCCCAUCCACACGGAGGCUGUAGCUGGGAUCGUGGGCCGAGCUGAUGUACUCUCCUGUUUGCUCUUCCUUUUAACGUUCCUCUCCUACAUUAGGAGCAUGGAUUCGGGGCCCCCCCGCCACAGCUUUCCCCCCACGUCGGCUCCUCUGUUCCUCCUGCUCAGCCUGAUUCUCGGCACCGGUGCUGUUUUAGUGAAAGAGACGGGGAUCACGGUUUUUGGGGUGUGUCUGACAUACGACUUGCUCUUAUUGUGCCCGACCAGAUGCAAAAGAUACUCCUCUCCAGACCCCCGCGCGAGCAUCUGGUAUGUGGCUGGUCCCUUCCUGAAAAGAGCAGCUCUGGUUUCCCUCUAUGUUGCCCUGGUUUUAUAUUUCCGCCUGCGAAUCAUGGGAGGCUCAAUGCCUUUGUUCUCGGAACAAGACAAUCCGGCUUCCUUCUCACCUUACCCCCUCACCAGGUUCCUGACCUACUUGUACCUCCUGGCGUUUAACUCCUGGCUUCUACUGGCCCCCAUCACCCUGUGCUAUGAUUGGCAGGUUGGAAGUAUCCCUCUAAUCAACUCUCUAUGGGAUGUACGAAACUUAGCAACUUUGCUCUUCGUGGGCAUCGUGGGGUCAUUGGCCUUACACUGCUUGGCAUUCUUGAAGAGGGCGCCACGCAGAGAAGUCCUGGUCGGGCUGCUGUUCCUGGUCUUUCCAUUCAUACCGGCUUCUAACUUGUUCUUCAGGGUGGGCUUUGUGGUUGCUGAACGAGUUCUCUACAUGCCCAGCAUGGGAUUCUGCAUUCUGUGCGUACAUGGUCUGAAGGUUCUACAGUCCCACGUCGGCCAACGACGGUCCCUUUCCCUGACGCUCUGCUUCCUGUUCCUUCUGCUCCUCUUCUCCUGUAAAUCUCUAUCCCAGAGUGAAUGCUGGAGGUCACGAGAAGCCCUAUUCAGAUCCGGCGUCCAGACCCUGCCGCACAAUGCCAAAGUACACUAUAACUAUGCCAACUUCUUGAAGGACCAAAGCCGGAAAGAUGAAGCCAUUAUGCACUACAAGACAGUACUGAGGCUGUACCCCAAACACUCCAGUGCUCUGAACAACCUCGGUACCUUGACAGCUAAUACCACUGAGGCUGAGGAAUACUACCGUAGGGCCCUGAUGAUCAGCCCACAGCACAGCAGGGCCCUCUUCAACUUGGGCAACCUUCUGCGGAAUAAAGGCCAGGAUGAUGAAGCGGAACUGCUGCUUAGGGAGUCUCUACAUUAUGGCUCAUACUUUGGAGAUGCUUAUUCCAGCCUUGGGUCUUUGCUUGCUGAUCAAAAAAGGUAUGAAGAAGCGGAUGAUGUGUAUCAGACUGGAAUCAAAAGCUGCCCUGAGAACUCCGACUUACAUAACAACUAUGGAGUAUUCUUGGUGGAUAUGGAAAAGUCGCAAAAAGCUGAGUCUCAUUACCUUCAUGCCCUGCACCUUCGACCUGACCACCACGUGGCCAUGCUGAACUUGGGGCGUCUCUACCGUUCACUUGGCCAGAACAAGGAGGCUGAGAAGUGGUACAGAAAGGCACUGCAGAUCUCCCGUGAGGCUGAUGUUAUCUCACCCCUUGGAGCGCUACUUUAUAAUACGGGACAACACGAGGAGGCCAGGCGCCUCUAUCAGGAGGCUGUGGGACUUCAUCCUAGGAAUAUACAGAUACGCCUAUCACUGGCCCAGGUGUUGGCUGUGUUGGGUCAAAUCCACGAGGCUGAAGCUUUGGCCUAUGGGAUUGCAGCUGAGGUUCCGGACUGUACUGAAUGCUUCCGGCUUUUGUCAGCCAUUUACAGUAAGAGAGAAGACUACGUAAAGGCCCUAGAACUGAUUGACUUUGCUCUGCAGAUGAAAUCAAAUGACGCAAAACUGUUAUCCGAGCUUCAUUUUACAAGGGGCAACCAACUAAGAGAACUCAACCAUCUAGAGGAAGCCUUCCAGAGUUACGAGCGAGUGGCCGAACUUAAUCCUACCCAAGCUCAGGCCUGGAUGAAUAUGGGAGGAAUUAGACACAUGCAGGGUGACUACACAUCUGCCCGAGCCUUUUAUCAGAAGGCAGCUGUUCUGGACCCCGACAGCAAGUUACUUAAAGAAAACCUGGCCAAGCUACAGCGGAUAGAAAAUAGAUUGCAAGGAACGAAGGCAAAAGAUCAAAUAAAGGAUAAGUAGAAAGCUACUCUAACAUCCUAGACAGAGGAAAUCAGCAGAACCAAAAAGCCUAAAGUCAGAGCAAACAAAAGUGGUUGAGAAAUCUUGAAGGGCAGAAAGAAGAUUAUCUGGAGAACCCUGGAUGAACUUCUAGAAGAAGGCGUUUGAAUGACCUUAGUAGACAUCUAAGGAAACAUAGAAGCAUCAUGUUGUGCAUCUGGUGAAAGGUGGGAGGCACAGGAAUAACCUGUAGAGAACUUUGGAGAAACCAGGUGGAGAUCUUGAGAAAGGAACUUGGUGGAUCUCUGUAGAAAUAUGGUGAGAGCUGGGCUGACCUUUUAUCGAAAUGUAUAUGGAGGUGCUACACAGGACCUAUCAACACUGAAUGAUGACCAACCAAAAAGUCAUGUUGAGUGAACAAUACCAAACUAGGACUGUAGGGGUAUGUACAGGAGAUCUAAAACAAAAAAAGAGAGAAGGAUAAAAUAAUGAUGACAAAACAUAUCAAAUCUAUGUUAUCUGUACAAUGAGCUGCUUAAUGUUUAGUGAUUCCCAUCUCAACAUCUUCUUCCACCAAAGAAUGUUUGGCCAAAAUGGAAGAACCUUGCAGCAGAAAUAAUAUUGUUCCCUUGAGUUCUGGACAUAUCUAGACAAACCUACCAAUGAUAGUGUUUGGAAACCAAAAAUUGUUGCAGUCAGGUAUCAAGCACAGUUUAGUCACAUGAGUAGGGUUUGUAUAUCAUCCAUGGGAUCCUAAGGAUCUGGCCAUAUCCAUAUCUUGCACCCAAAUGCUGAAUUCAGAGAUUCCCUAAAUCAUUGAUAUAUUUUCAUGCAUAUCAAGAACCAAUGAUUGGCCCUUUGGUAUGGGCAACGUGCACAAAUGUAAUAUAAACAUAUAGUAUAAAAUUAUAAUGUAAAUAUUGAGAGAGUUUUAUAAAAAAAAAAGACAUAGGCUAAAUAUAUACGGACAUGACUGUCCUUCCUGACUCGGAUUAUGCAUAUCUACAGGGAUCCAUUCUGUGCUGGCUCCAGUGAGCUUGACCCAGUGAGCUUGACCCAGUGAGCUUGACCAUUUCUUUUCUAAAUUAAGGAUGACUCCUAUUAUUUAGACCAGACAACCAAGUGAUAGUCUAAUUAGACUGCUUCCUCUACUAGGGGAAGGUCUCCUAUAUCAUAUUAUUACAAUGAAUAUACAUCUCAGAAUGAUAAUACUAGGCAAUUCUGAUAAUGUCAUGGGUGCUCAACUACCGGCACCCCCAGAAAGGUCCAGUGUCUGUGGGAUAUCAGGUAUAUUAGGGACAUAUGGCAACAUUUUAUUGGUUCACCCAGCACCUAAUAGGUGUCUGGCACAUAAUAUAUAUGGAGUUCUGUUGGAGGUUAAUUGGGGUUUCUGUUCCAGGUGGAGCAAGAUGGUCCUUCUCCAACCUCCUUCAUCCAUCCAUAUAUAACAUAUGUGCCAGCUGCCUACUCGGUACUAGGUGAGCCCAUAUAAUGUUGCCGUAUUGCCCUAUUAUACCUGCUAUCCCAGGGUGGGUGUUAGUAGUUGAGCACCCAUGACAUUAUCAGAAUUGCCUGUAUUGAGCCUAUGACAUAAUUCUGUUCAUCAAAUGUCUCUUAUGAUAAAUAUAUUAUACCCUGUUCUGGACUGGGAUUCAAAAUAGGCCCUUGCUAGAACCCACAGUCCCGGCCUGAUUAUACCCUCUGCUCCGGCACGUGCCAUAGGCUACCGUGGGGGCUGUUGGUGUGUAUAAUACCUGUUUAGGAAAGCCAUAUACCAGUGUUGCCUUGCACCAACUAACUGACUAAGUGGGCAAAGCCUAUUUUAUAUUUAUAUAGAAGAAGAAGGUCCUGUCAACCAGUGGAUCCAUCUGUAAUAAUCCCGCACCCCAGCUAUAUCUUUUUUGUGACCCUCAGAACCUCCUAUGGGUGGUCUGGAGAAGGGGGAUUCCACCAUUCCUGCCCUAAGGGUUUACUCAUAAUGCGGGUAAGAAAAUCUUCCAUCUCAUUGGAAAGAUAGGGUGUGUACACACAGUUGGCGUGCAACUCAGCGUGAUGGUCACUUUCCAUGUCGGCUCUUUGCCGGGGCUGGAUAAUGUAUACGCUCAGACAUCUGCUCUUGAUCAUGGUGUUUGAACAGGCUUGUGCGAUUGACAGCCCUGUAACCCUAUAGCCCGACGGCAUACAGGCCCCCAUUUGCUUCUCCUGCAUAAAUUCCAUAGCCCGGUGAUUCAUUGGAGGGGAGGGUGGUGGCACUGGGAAUUUGGGAAUGUUUAUAUUUAUUCAUUUGUAUUGGGAGAGGUUUUAAGCCGUUUAAGACGUUUUUAAGCCAGAGAUUAUGACUGUUCUGUUACUUUCUGUUCUUUAGAGAAGUGGAGGCUGGGUGGAAAAAUAGCCUGGAAGGAAAAAGUGAUACGGAGUUAGUAUCCCAUGACUAGAAGAAAGUAGAUAGGCCUAUGAGUACCACCUUCCCUAAGGAGGUUCCCACCUACAACAAAUAAGUAGAUAGGCCCAUGAGUACCACCUUCCCUAAGGGGGUUACCUGCUACAGCGACUAAGUAGAUAGGCCCUUGUGCGCCACCUUUCCUAAGGAGGUUCCACCUACAACAAAUAAGUAGAUAGGCCCAUGAGUACCACCUUCCCUAAGGAGACUUCCACCUACAACAAAUAAGUAGAUAGGCCCAUGAGUACCUCCUUUCCUAAGGAGAUUUCCACCUACAGAGACUAAGUAGAUAGGCCCAUGAGUACCACCUUCACUAAGGAGAUUUCCACCUACAACAAAUAAGUAGAUAGGCCCAUGAGUACCACCUUCCCUAAGGAGAUUUCCACCUACAACAAAUAAGUAGAUAGGCCCAUGAGUACCACCUUCCCUAAGGAGACUUCCACCGACAACAAAUAAGUAGAUAGGCCCAUGAGUACCACCUUCCCUAAGGAGAUUUCCACCUACAACAAAUAAGUAGAUAGGCCCAUGAGUACCACCUUUCCUAAGGAGGUUCCACCUACAACAAAUAAGUAGAUAGGCCCAUGAGUACCACCUUCCCUAGGGAAGUUCUCACAGUUUAAGAUUAUUUAAUACAUAAAAAACAUAUUUUUGUAAAUAUAAAAGUACUUUUAUACAUAGGGGGAGGGCAAUAUUUUACCUAGGUACCCUUAAAGAACUUUAUGUGAUGGAGUUUAAAGGGAAAGUAAACCUAUCAAAAACUUUUUACAGAUGCUUGAGGAUUCUCCAACGAGAAUCCUCAUUCCACCACUACGUCAGCCAUCUUGCCAUUAUCACAGGGCGUUUGCUGUGCAGUUCUGGCUUGUAGACAUGAGCUGUUGGCUGAUCUCCAACAGAAAGACAUUGGCUUGCAUAGAAGAACCCACAACAUGGAAACCAUUGCGGGUUUGGGGCAGCUGGCUUGGCGUAGGACGUAGAAAUUAAUUGUUUUGCCAUUGGAUCUCUGGGAAAACAAAGGAUUCUGGGAGAAGGGUUUGUGUUGCUGCUGCGGGGGAAUAUAUGGUGUUAAUAAGUGAAUGUCAUGCUGUUUGUUCUAUUAAAGAGCCCGAGGCACAGAA